CAGCAGCGGCGGUCGAGGCAGUUGUGGCAGCUCGCGUUUCAGUCGUGGCGAAUUCGGACGAACCCCGAAUGAGUAGGAACAAACCUAACAACCAUAGACACCAAUCAGUACAUGUCCCGAUGAGUGGGCACAGUGAAUACAACAGGAAUUUCACGAUGAGGGACAACGUCAAGCCUUCGUUUUGGGCGCGGAGGACUGCUCUGGAGAAGCGUUUGAUCUUCAUCAGCGUUGUCCUCUUGAUAAUGACAAUCGGUUUCCUGGUUGCCUUCAUAACCACCAUGUACAUACGAUCCCAUGGAGACAACUACUUGCCACAAACUAGUGAAAUGAGACUUUCUUCCCCUCAAUCCAUGCCGCCCGCAGCUCGUAGAAGGGAUUACGAAGUUUGCUAUACACCGGCAUGUAUACAUACAGCGUCGAAACUUCUAUCUAACAUGGAUCAAAGCGUGGAUCCCUGCGAUGAAUUCUAUAAGUUCUCCUGCGGUGCCUUCGAGAAGAACACUCGCAUACCAGACGAUAAAUCCUCAGUCAAUACAUUUUCCAUCAUCACGGACCAACUUCAGGAACAGAUCCGAGGACUUCUUGAAGAACCGAUAAAAAAUGGAGAAGCACGUCCCUUCGUCCUUGCCAAGAUCCUGUACAAGGCUUGUAUGAAUAAAUCGGCGAUAGAGGCGCGCGGGAUUCAGCCUCUACUAGACAUAAUGAAGGGGCUCGGCGGCUGGCCAGUGCUGGAAGGCGACAAAUGGAACGAAAGCGCCUUCGAAUGGCAGGACUCCGUGUUCCGUUUCCGCACAUCUGGAUACUCCGUCGACUACUUCCUUGACUUCUCCAUCAGUGUCGAUGUCAAGAACUCCACUAAGAGGAUCAUCGAUUUGGAUCAGGCAUCGCUAGGACUCAGCCGGGAGUAUCUGAGCCACGGUUUGGAGGACAAGCUGGUGAAGGCUUACUACACGUAUAUGGUUGACAUCGCAGUGCUGCUCGGAGCCAACAAGAAACGUGCGGAGAAAGAACUAAGGGAGUCACUGGAGUUCGAAAUCGCACUCGCCAAUUUUUCCUUGCCAUUGGAGAAACGACGCAACGCAACAGCACUCUACAACCCAAUGACUGUAAAAGAGCUGCAGAAACAGUUCCCGAAGGUCGAUUGGCUGAAGUACAUAAAUCAUCUUCUUGCUCCUCACAUCGAGGUUGACAUCGACGAGGUGGUCAUUGUCAACGUGCCUUCCUAUAUCACCAAUCUGGAGAAAUUCCUGGAGGCAACGCCUAAGCGCGUGCAGGCAAACUACGUGAUGUGGCGCGUGGCGGGUGCCUCAAUCUCCUACCUGACAGAGGAACUUCGUCGUCGUCAGCUGAACUACGUCACCGCGCUCUCCGGGAAGACCGAGCGAGAAAGUCGCUGGAAGGAGUGCGUUGAUACUACCAGCAUGAGCAUGUCGAUAGCUGUUGGAGCGCUGUAUAUCCGUAAAUUCUUCAACGAAGAAGCAAAGAAGGACGCGAUGGAGAUGGUGCAGGACAUCAGGGAGCAGUUCCGCCGCACCCUGGAGGAGGUCGAAUGGAUGGAUGAGAAGACACGUCGUCAGGCGCUGGCUAAAGCUGACGCGAUGGCUGCACACAUCGCCUACCCUGAUGAAAUGCUCAGUGAUGAAAAACUAACUGAGUUCUAUGAUGGCUUGGAGAUGUCCGAGGACAAGCUGAUGGAGUCAGUGCUGAAUCUCACGCUGUUCGGUACCGACUUCCUCUUCAAGAAGCUGCGGCUGCCCGUCAACAAGACAGACUGGAUUACUCACGGCCGUCCCGCUAUCGUCAAUGCAUUCUAUUCCUCUAUAGAAAACAGUAUACAAUUCCCUGCGGGUAUUCUUCAAGGGGCGUUCUUCUCUGCGCUGCGGCCGGCCUACAUGAACUACGGGGCCAUCGGCUUCGUCAUCGGACACGAAAUCACUCACGGCUUCGACGACCAGGGUCGUCAAUUCGAUAAGGAUGGUAAUCUGGUGGAUUGGUGGCAAGAGGAAACGAAGGAGCAGUAUUUGACAAAAGCCAAAUGCAUCAUCGAUCAGUACUCGAAUUAUACUGCUGAAGAAGUUAAACUCAAGUUGAACGGGGUGAACACUCAGGGUGAGAACAUAGCUGAUAAUGGCGGUAUCAAGGGUGCGUACUACGCAUACGAGGCCUGGACCAAACGUCACGGAGAGGAACCGCGCCUUCCUGGACUUGAGAAGUACUCCCCCAAACAGAUGUUCUGGCUGAGCGCUGCCAGCACGUGGUGCUCUGUGUACCGCAAGGAAGCGAUGAAGCUCCGCAUCACGACCGGCUUCCACGCGCCCGGCCGCUUCCGGGUCCUCGGCCCUCUCUCCAACAUGGAGGAGUUCUCCCGUGACUUCUCCUGCCCCCUCGGCUCGCCCAUGAAUCCCGUGAACAAGUGCAAGGUUUGGUAGUUCACAGACGUCCCUCUCUCAGAGGGCAAGAAAAAUGAAUCUCGCAAAAUACCCAAGGAAAAUGACUUUAUGAAAAAUUCUUUGCGAGUACCCAACAUCCUAUCCUACCUAGUAGAAAAUAACAUCCAUUACUUAAACCUUAAGAAAUCCAAGACAACACAGGCGCCGGAAACGACAAAGAAAAACAAAUGCCCACCCCCUCUUAAUAUGCGAAAAUCCCCCAGCAACUACCCCGAUUGUUAACCCCUCCCAUAACACGAUGACUGAAUCAAUUCUGCGAAGUGCUUUUGUCUCAAUAAUAUCGAAAUAAUCCGUCAAAGCGAUAGUGCACACGUAUUAUUCAGAAUAUCACCUUGACUUCUUAAUGUAUUGAUUAUGUUUUGUUUCAUUAUCGAAAUUAAAAAAAAAAAUAUUAACGAGCUUACACUCAUAUACAUAUCGAAAUACAAGUAAGCUUUUAUGUAUAAUUCGUGACUUUUGUAAAGCUCUAAAUUGUGAUUACAAAGAUUGGCAACAUUUUUAUAUUUUUUUUAUUUUGUUUUUAAAUAUUUUUUGUGUAAAUGGUAUAUUUGCCGUGACGAAAUGUUUACAUAACAUAUUUAUUAUGUUCUUUACAAUAAUGUUAAUAGUGGUUUAACAUUUGAAUUACAAUAUUUGAUUUAAUACAUGAUUUUUAGAAAUAACAACACUAAAUAAUAACAUACACUAAAAAAUAAAAUAAAGUACAAUCGCGGAAACUAGCGGUGUUCAACCUCAAACGCUACAAUCUGUUGAACAUUUUGAAAGUAACAAAAAUCUAUACAACGUAGCUCAUAUCUACAAAAAACCGUCGGUUUCAAAUUCUUCGUUUGCACCACUCACAACUAUCUAAUAAGCAAUUUGUAAGAGGCAGAAUAUGUCUGGUUGAACAAGGAGUUUUUUUCGUUCUGAACACCGGGAAUGUCCGCGACUGUACAUGUAUAUAUCUACCAAUCUCUCUUUGCAUAGAAAAUAGCACUUUUUUCUUUAUAGACUAAAAUAAAAAUUAUAUUAUCCAAUGUCAGUAGUCAGUACAAUUCCUGUAAUUUUUUUGAUGACUGUAGAAUGGGGAGAAAAACUGCCUUUUGCUCACUAUAGAUGUCAGCACGAUGAAAUGUAUGUAACAUUGGUAUAAUUAAAUAGAUAGGCAAUUUCCGGAAUGAUAUUUCUUGCUUCGUUCCGGUUAACACGUCUAUUGACGUUGCCUCUACUAUCACCGCCAAAAUUAGUAAAACAGGCACAAAACACUACGUUUUUUAGCCUGUCCAUUUAAAUAGGUUGUCAAGUUAAUCCAUAUUUCUCUACUGAUGCAAUUCUAAAUAAUAUAACGUUUAAAAAAAUUGAUAGAGAGGUCAAUCCUGCGACUAGCGACACCUACUUAGAACGUUCAGUUUUUUCGCCCCAUAAAUGUUUAAUAUCAUACUCAUAUCGUAAGAAUAUAAAAAAAAAAUAAAAAAAAUCACAAAAACAAUAGAAUGUAGAUCAGUUUCAUGUUAGGAGGAUAGGAUAAUUUAUGCCGUAUAUUAUAAUAAAUUCAAUUGCACACAAAUCCAAUUAAAUUAUACACAUAUUGUCAGCUUUUAGAAUAGAGAUAGUGGUUUUUAAACCUUUAUAUUUUACGUUAAUUUCGAUGUCGUGACAAAUGUAUUGUUGUCUUUGUUUUUUAAUGAGAGAAUAAAAGGGAUGACUCUGUUUUACUCAAGUUCAUCCACAGUCGAUAUCCACAGAUAACAUACGGAGUCUAAAAUGUUUCAUACGUGCAUUUUUUUUCUUGUAAAUAAUUAAUUAGGUAUGCAUGUUUUAGUAGUAAAUAUUUACUUAUUACAAAUCAACUGUA